UUAAACUUACAAUGUUUUCUACUCCUUAUAGUGUAACUAUUGUCUCUCCAAUUGGAAUAUUCAUCUUAAUCAAUAUAAUUGUGAUUGCGAGUAUAUCUUCAGAUCGUUCUAAUCAAUGUUAUGCUGAGCUAAUCAAUCCACUAUUCAUUGAAUGGUUCAGAAGUGCUCAACUUCCUCCUUCGAGAAAAAUUCGCCAAUAUGUGAAAGCAGAAUUAGCACCUAAAGAACCAGUUAUGGAUAUAUUAGCUAUGGAAAUCGCUAUGGAAAUAACUACGGAAGCAACUACGCAAACAACUAUGACAACAAUUACGGAAACAGAAGCGGAAACAACAGCAACAGUUACGGAAUCAACUACAGUAAAGGAGCUAAAUGUGUAUUCAUUACUGGUCGAAAUAGAUUCGCUUCGUAGAGAUUUAGCUCAAUGCCGCACAGCUCUAGCACAAGCUACUUCGAAUGCAACUUUUGAGAAUGUUGAGCUUUCAAGCAUUCAACAAGGACCAGUAUAUGAACAAGCGAAAAUAGGCCCAAUGUGGGUGAAUCCAAGAUAGAGAAAUAAUCAAACAGCAGUGAGACCAAUGGAAGAAUAUGCAAUAACAAAUAUUAACUGGAGAACAGGCAGAUGAUUGAGUAACAAUUGGAUUAUAAUCUAUAAAUUGUUUCCUUUUAAACUACAAUAACUGAUAUGUGUACGAUUAAAUCUGAUUGAAUUUUUCAGAUUAUCCAAUGAAUUUAUUUCCAUAAAUAGAUAAGUAAUAAAUAAAUAGCUAUUAGCAUUAA